UUAUGUAUCAGUAUCAGUUGUUAAAUGAGUGAAUGGAUUUUUUACUAGUUACGGUAACAUUUUAAAACGUUUAGCAGGAAUCGAAUCGAAACAGUGUGUUUAUUCUUGAAGACUGCAUGGUAACGGUUAUAUGCUUCGCUCCGGUGUGGACGCCUGGGCUGUUAUCUCGUUGUUUCUAAAUGUCCGCGUUAUAUCAACGAUUAGGGAACUAUCCGUAUGAAACCUUCCACAUUUCCCCUACCUGUCCAUAGCUCACCUCGUCCUUAUUGUUUCACGGCUUAUUUUGCACAGGCAUGUUUCCCCGAAUCGGUUAUGGAGAACAGCCAGUCCGAUGAUUCAGAGUUGGCAGGACCGUUGUGGGCCAUGUUGUGGUCUGUAACGGAGGCUGCCGAGAAGCAGACACUACAGAUUGGAGCCUCGGCGUGCGGGGCUACUGCUGUGGUAGACGUCCUGCAGGCGCUGGGGAUUCCUGUUUCCCCGGAAACAGCUGACGAAUGUGUCCAGACCCGACUACGGAGGAAUGAGGCGCCACUAUGGGACUACCUGCUUUCCCGUAGUGAAGCUGGUGCCACACAGCAACAGCUUAUUGAAGGCGCAGAGCAUGCCAGUGGGGGGCAGGUUGUGGGCCGCUUCUUUGCCCUCCACCCCCCUCGGCGUUUGCAACUGGUGCCUUGGUUGGCUAGCUGGAUCUCCAGAGGCGCCGUUCCUGUGGCAACCAUGAACAUGCAGCAGGGUGUACACGAGGGUGAGGAGAUACCAGAUGCCUGGCAUCAUCAACUGGUGUUUGGGGUGGGGCCCAGUGCUGUGUACAUGACCAACCCGCUGGAUGUGGGAGAAGAUACACAGAAAAUCCCUCUCAUUCCCACAAGUUUCAGACCAAUAUACACUUGUAAAUACUAUCAUCAACUAGUCAAUGUCAUUAGUGUCUUCAAAAGGAGGCCUUUUGUGAGUGAGGCAGUCAUGCACAAACGGCUGUGUAGUGAGUCUGUGCUUCUGAUUCGCCGAGAGGAUGUCCUUCAAAGAUGGCUGGCCAACACUCCCGCCAGCACACUGUCUGAAGUCAGCUCUCACCCACGGUGGACAACGCUAGAUGUGGAGGAGGCGGGCUAUUUGCAUAACCUGUCGACAAAGAAAGCAUUUCGUCCCACCCCAAAGUCCCGAAGUACCAAAAAAAGUACCUCACUGGCACUUUUGGCCAGGUCAGGAAAAUAUGCCAUGAGGAAGACUGUGGGGAUGAUGGGGAGCUGAAGAUGAGCCACAUUGUCAUCCCAGCAGCAUAUCAGUCAGGAGUUACGCUUUUUGCUCUGCGGGUCUCUGUGGUGGGACAGCAGCUCCUGUGUACCCCUGAGUUGCCUCUUUUGUGAGUCAGCCUCUAACCUCAGCCUAGUGCAGCUGGGUCUGUCACCAACUGGCCUUACUGUGGAUAUAGUAGGCCUACUGUUAGUUAUCGGACACACCUAUGAUUACUCUAUAUUAAGGCAGGGUACACUCUUGACACUCUAGAUUUUAAGUAUGAGGUCACAAACUAUUUAGUGUCACGAAGCUUUCAGGAAACGCACCCCUGAAAAUUUACCUAAAUUUAUCUAAUGAAAAUUUGUUACAUUUUGUUGAGUUGUUACUUAAUGGGGCGUUAAUGUAUAAUGCGUUGUUACAAGAAGUGAUUUGAAAGUCAUCUUUGACCUGUAUUAAAUUAAAACUAGUAGAAAGAAAAUAAUCAGCCUUA